AUGAAGGCUUGUUCUAUGUGUGAGGUGGCGAAUCUGCAAGCGCGCAGAUGGAGCUGUGGUGUGAAGGGUCGAGCACCCCGCAUUGCAGGAUCAUACCACCAACCUUGUGGGGGUAAGAGAGCGCAGAGAAGCCUACGGCGAAAGGACUGA